AUGGAAAUAAAUAAUAAUAAUAAUAAUACAAUAAAUAUUAGAACAUUGUUAUCUAAUGUUUAUAUUAGAUCGGUGAUAUUUGAAAAGAUAUAUGAAAUACAUAGAACUAUCAAUUCCUUUCCGAUGAAGGGUUCAGAGUUCAAGAGAAAAUCGAUGUUGUAUGAUAUGUUAAAGUGUCAUAGGACCGAUCUGUUCUUUGAGCAUAUCAAUAGUGUACUUCAUUUGCUGCCAUCGCAGAAUCGAGUUAUCCAAGCAGCGUACACCACUUGCAAUUACAAAGUUAUCCGAUAUCUCUAUGAACAACGUAGGGACUUUACCAUUCAAAAGACUAUGGGCAUGGUCGAUCUGCUCUACAGUCACACAAGAGAGUUGGCGAUGAAUCUCGACGACGACAUUUUCAGUUACCUUCUCAAGAUGAAUUCAAAAGCAUCGAUCGCCGAGUUGGCUAGCUACAUCGAGGGUUGUAUCGUCAGCAACCGAACUGAACGUCUGGAAUGGUUGGUUCACAACUUUUCGAAAGCACCGGUCCAAGGUACUACACUCCACCGAUUGAACAUCUUGUCUGCCAAUACCUGGUCGAUGAUCUUGACGAUUGCAAUUGAUACUGGCGAUGUGAAAUUUGUGAACUCCGUAUUGGAUAUCACCGGGUUGGAGCGUUUCGAGAACUAUGAGUACAACAAACUGAACUACUUUUACAAACCCACUGUAUAUAUGCUCAACUUGGUCACCGUUCGAUUGCCAAAGAUGAGAAUAAGCGAUAGCGUCAUUGAAUCAACGAUUGUCAACGAACCAUUCCGAGACUUGGAAUGUCUAAAGUUGAUGCUCGAUCAAAAUGAAAGAGCAGGCAUCACGCUGAACGACCAAGACAUACUAUUUAUGUAUACUACGAAAUGUGUAGAUGUAGCAAUACUGUUUUAUCUGUUUACAAGAUAUAAACCAAUCUAUAAGGAAAUGACGCACAAGAUCUAUGUGGACGGCGAUAUAAUCAGUCUCGAUAUCAUCAAAAUGAUAGAGUCAUUUGGAUAUCAACUCAAUACUACUCAACUGCUGAUAGUAUCAGCACAUAAUCUCUUCCUCGAGCAGCGACCAAAAAUCGAAAUGGAAGCGGUUAUUCAAUAUUUAGAUCUUAAUCAUUUUGAUUCGAUAGAUUAUAAUGCAAUCAUACAAGCAGCUUACGAUAACGCCAAUAUAUAUUUCACCAUGACCGACAGUCCCAAUCCACCAAACAACUCCACAUUGGAAUCGGUAAUCAAUUCCGCCGACUCUAAUCUCUUCAAGUACUUAAUUAACCAACAGGGAUACACCGUGUCAAAGACAAUACUUUGGAAAGCGAUGGAGGUGCGCAAUUGGAUCCUGACCGAUUUCAUAUUGGAUAAACUUGAGCUUCGUUCGCAUCUCGAUGUGAUGAUCACUGCAGUUCGCAUGGAAAACAUGAACCUGGUGGAGCGACUCUUCAAUCUGAAUCCAGCCAAGAGUUUGGUGUUCGUUUCGAAUAUCCGACAGAUUGGAAGCAGAGACUUGGUUGCCUUCCUACUUAAACAUAAGCCAUCGGCUUUGAAUCUCGAGAUUUUGGUACCGAUGGUACUAGAGUUGCCCGAUAAUCUUGAGAACUACCAACUGUUUGAGACACUGCUCGACUACAUUAUGACCAAUCACCCUGAUCCUGUAUCGUUAUUGAACAAAUCGCCCAGAAUGGCAGACUCCAAAUUCUAUCUUUUAUUGUCGAAAGGUUUGAUUGGAAAGAAAGCGAUCAUUGACCAAGCCGGUGGAUAUGGAUCUAUCAAUAUACUACUCUACAAAGAUACAAACGAAGAAGAAGAAGAAGAUAAAUUAUCAACACCUGGUGAUAACAUUGAAAACGACCAAGAAAAUGACGAUGAAGACAAUCAAAACGAUGAUGAUGAAGAUGAGGAUGAUGAGGAUGAAGAUAAUCAUCAAGAUAAUCAAUACGUAGAUUAUUAUUCUCAUUAUGCAGUGGAAGAUUUAUAA